ACGCCAGAGCAAGAUGGCCGACACGGCGGCCACUGCCGGGGCUGGCAGCUCCGGAACGAGAUCAGGAGGCAAACAGUCCACUAACCCUGCUGAUAACUACCAUCUGGCCCGGAGGCGAACGCUGCAAGUGGUUGUGAGCUCCUUGUUGACAGAGGCAGGGUUUGAGAGCGCUGAAAAAGCAUCUGUGGAAACAUUGACAGAGAUGCUACAGAGCUACAUUUCAGAAAUUGGGAGAAGUGCCAAGUCUUAUUGUGAGCACACAGCCAGGACUCAGCCCACACUGUCAGAUAUCGUGGUCACACUUGUUGAGAUGGGUUUCAAUGUGGACACUCUCCCUGCUUAUGCAAAACGUUCUCAGAGGAUGGUCAUCACUGCCCCUCCAGUGACCAAUCAGCCUGUGACGCCUAAGGCCCUCACUGCAGGGCAGAACCGACCCCACCCGCCACACAUCCCCAGCCAUUUUCCUGAGUUUCCUGACCCCCACACCUACAUCAAAACUCCGACAUACCGUGAACCUGUGUCAGACUACCAGGUCCUGCGGGAGAAAGCUGCAUCCCAGAGACGAGAUGUAGAGCGGGCACUCACCCGUUUUAUGGCCAAGACAGGCGAGACCCAGAGUCUUUUCAAAGAUGACGUCAGUACAUUUCCAUUGAUUGCUGCCAGACCUUUCACCAUCCCCUACCUGACAGCUCUUCUUCCAUCUGAGCUGGAGAUGCAACAAAUGGAGGAGACGGAUUCCUCGGAGCAGGAUGAGCAGACAGACACAGAGAACCUCCCUCUUCAUAUCAGCACGGAUGAUUCUGGAGCCGAGAAGGAGAAUACCUCUGUCCUGCAGCAGAACCCCUCCUUGCCGGGGAGCCGGAAUGGGGAGGAGAACAUCAUCGAUAACCCCUAUCUGCGACCUGUGAAGAAGCCCAAGAUCCGCAGGAAGAAGUCCCUCUCGUGAGCUGAGAAGGAAACCUGCCUUGUACAGAGACGCGGACACCACCCUCCUGGAGGAGUUAAAGCCACUCCAGGGAAGAGGAGAGGGUGGCCUCAUCGCGAUCCAGCCAAGGCUACUGGGAUGUGACUGGGCAUGAUUUUAGUAGCAAACUCUAUUAAGAUUACCUAUUUUCACUGGAUGUUUGAGGAAGAUACAGUGGUAACAACACGGCUUAAUCAACCAGGUCAUACUGUGGGGCAUAGGAGCAGCCAAUGAUUUUAUUUAUUAUCGUAGGACUUGGUCCCUUUGAAACCCGGAAGACCAGGGAAGGUGGCAGGAAAGAAAGAGUUCUUUGCCUGCUUUGCUUUCUGCCGGAAAGCCCACUUGCCUAGUUUCUAUUUCAGGAUAUCCCCUUUUACUGACUCACGAUUUGUGGUACCAAUUUAUCUUCCUAGAACCUCAUUCUAAUUUUUCUCCUCACCUGGACUCCAGGUAUCCUGUUGAAGCUGAGCAAAGCUCACUUUGCCUUCUCUCACGAGCUUGGAAACAGGAAGUCCACGUAUCCUUGAUCUGGGGCCGGCAGGGAUGUAACGUGGAGGAGAGCGAUGGCAUAAGGGCAGCACUGAUUCUCUCAUUAGCAUUUGAGCUUCCUAAAACAGGGCAACCCUCUCUCCUGAGAGAUUUAUCUGCUAGAGAACAGGGGGGAAAGUCAGACAAAACUUGAUGGAUGAGUAAGGCUUAUCUAUCUGUUGGACUAGGUACCCCUGGGAACCAUCUAAAACUUUAUUUUGGAAAUUUUCAAACCCAAAAUUAGGAAAGUGUAUAUACUUUCCCCAUAUACCCUUCGCCCAGCUUCAACAUUAUUUCCCCCUGGAAUGUAUGCUUGGGAACUACCAAGUCCUGCCCUAUCCUGGCAAAAGAGUUGUCUCUGACAGGAGCCUAGAUCAGUGGAUAUAUUAUGCUAUGACUUGAUAGAGGAAUCACCGAUUUCAAACAAUAGGAAAAUGAUUUGAUGGAGGGCGGGGAGUCGAUGAUGAGAUAUUGAGGGGUGGAUUUGGCCUUGUAUUCUGAAAGCUGAGAAGCCUGGUCAUUCUACUGGAAAGCUGGCAUGGACAGAAGACCAUGCUCUCCCACUUCAUAGCAGAAGGGGCUGAGAGGAGCCUGCAGGCCAGGCCAAGGUGUUCUUCCAGGAGCAAGUCUGAAUUUCUUCAACCUCUUUGCUUCCUGGGGAGAGAAGAUUUCAUUCUUGACGUACCCUACACAGCAAAAAAACAUGUGUUUAAGGAAGAUGCUGGGCAAGCAGAUAUCCUUUGGUCUCCAGAGGAAGAGAUUUAAAAACCAAGUCUGAGGAAGGAAAGUGCCAGUGACACCUGAAAGUAAACACCGGGUAAAUGCGUUUCCUGAGUUAGCAUUCUAAAGUCCACAUUCAGCUGUCCUUAUAUUUGGCUUCCACAAUCAUCUCAAUUUUCUGUGCUCUUGAUGAAUUUGAAAACCCAAAACACUCGGUGACCUGACAGCAGGCUCCUUGUUCCUCUGGCCUCACUAUUCUCUAGGGUACUUCAUCCCAUCGCCUGGAAGGAAAGAGCUGCAUGUCAGUAACUGAAGAGAGAAUGCUAGUGAGAAAAGUGGAUUCUGUCCAGCUCUGGACCAAAUAGUUGAAAGCAGUCAGGUGGGCCUCUGCUGACCCCCUUGAAGUUUGUGAUUUGGCUCUUGGCGAUUCUUGGCCUGUUGAGUUUAACUACAGUCCCAAGUUUGAGCCAUGGCAGAUGCAGGUGGAAACCUUCCAGUCAACAUUUCCACACUUCCUCUUUUGCUGUCACCAUCUGGAAAAACUCCUGUUGAGUGCCCUUAUGCUAAGGGAUAAGGUGGGAUUUGGAGAAGAGUCACUAUUUCUGCUGUGGGCAUUUCAGAGGCUGUACUGCUGUAAUUCUGUUCUGGAUGAGAGACACUGGGAGAUGGUUAGACAACUUGAAACAUUGACCUGACUCUUGUGUAAAAACUGCAUACUUCUCAAUGUGUAUUUAUAAAUUUCUAUUUUUUAUAACUUUGGAAGAAUUCUUGGAGGAGAAACAGCCAGAUUAAUGUGAUUUAUGAGCUCUUAAUAAAAGGUCAUAAGAAAAGCUUCGUAAAUGAAA